CCUAUGAUGUCCGACUGAGCGAUUUUGAUUCAUAUACAUUCCGUUUACGUUAAAGUUCCAGUGCAGUUCUAUUAGAUUUAAACAUUUUAACCCAUGUCUGGAAUGACUACACGGCUUAGAGCCUUCUCCACGCAAGCGUUGAAGGUUGUCAACAAUGUUGCUAGGCAACAGUUCGUUGUGACUUUACAAAGCGCAGAGGCGACUAUAGAUUAUAAUAAGCAAGACAAGAUAAUAACUUUCCUCCACACAAACGUACCAAAAGAGUUUCAAGGAAAAGGUGUUGGAAAAUUGUUAGCAGAGCAUGCAUUUACUUAUGCAUCUGAUAACAGCUUGGAUGUGAUAUGCAAAUGCCAUUUUCUUGCAAAAUUUUAUCAGGAUAAUUUAAAUAAGUUUAAGAAUCUUGAAGUUAAAUUAGAUUUGGAUUAGUACAAAAUGGAUCUUAUGUGGUAUAGGUGUAAUAUACAUUAUUAUUUACGGGAAAAAUGUUACGGUAAGUCAAAGAAAAUAUCUCUGGAAGCAUCAAAAAAAUUUGCUGACAAUGCAGAAUUCUUAUUUUAUCAUGGCUUAGCAAAUAUAUUGGAAGGACAAGUUCAAAUAGGCAUUAAUAUUUUAUCACCAUUGCAAUCUGAUAGAAACUUGCAAUUUGCCACUGUAAUGGCCCUCAUUUACAGCCAUAAACUAUUGAAUAGUAAUGAAAGAGAUGAAUUGUAUAAUCUAGAAUCAAAACUGAAAGAAGAAAAGAAGCAAGCUAACACAUUAUCUUUCUAUUAUGCUGGUUUAUUCUUGUCAAUGGCAGAAAAGUAUGAAAAAGCAUCUGAAUAUAUCAACAAGUGUUUGAGGAAGGAUCCUAAUAAUUUAGAGGCCAUUAUUUUAAAAGGCUGGAAUGAUAUGUACAUGAAUGUUGGUGAAGUACAAACUUCUAUUCUUGAUUGUUUGGAAUUAGCUCUUCAAAAAAGUGACAGACACAUUGAAGCCAUUUUAGGCUUGGCAAAAUAUAGAUACUUGGCUAAGGAUUAUAAUGCUUGCAAUACAUUAUUAGAUAAACUUAUAGUUAAUUACCCUGGUCAAGUAGUCCCUCUUACAGAGAAAUUGAAGAAUGAAUUUGCAGCUUCAAGAUGGGAUGCUAUUUAUGAUUCACUUGAAAGAGUCCUUUCUGUAGAACCUACUAAUUUGGAGGCUUUAAAAGUAAGAAUAUUCAUUGCACUCUGUAAAAAUUCAGACUACAUUGAAGCAGUUGACCAACUGAAUACAUUUUUUACUGUAUUGGAGAAUGAAGAAACUAACAAUGGCUAUCAGUUUUAUCACACAGCCCAAGUUUUUUCUAAAGUUUGCGGAAGAUCCAGUGCAGUUCUCUCUCAGGUUUUUAAAUUUUCACAAUAUGCAUCAGAAAUGAAUUCAAAUAAUGUUGAUUAUUUAAGUGAGGUUGGUUAUCAAUGUAUUCUACAAGGAAAAUACAAAGAUUCCUUGAGUUUUUUCAAAGCAGCGAGCAAGGUUGAUAGUAACUCUAUAACUGCUUUGUGUGGACUAACUCUUUGUCAAAUGUAUGAUAAUGGGCCAACCGAACAGAUUGCACAACAGGUUGAAUUGUUGUUUGAAAUGCAAGGGACACAGAAAUUUCCAAUUCUCUAUCUACUGUCAGCACAAUUAAAUAGUAAGAAUUCUAAUGCUGUUACCUUUCUUAAUAAUGCAAUUGAUACACAAAUAGCAUUAGCUGCUCGCUACCCAUAUAGUUUAACAUACAUAAAAAAUUUGGAUCCUGAUUUUUUGCUGGAGGUGUAUAAAGAGUACAAGAAACAUAUACCAAAAAAACCAUUUGUAAUUGUUGGAUAUCUCUUAUAUUCUCAAGAAGGAAACAACGCUUCAGUGGCGAAUUGUUUUAAACUGUUAAGCACAAUAUGUAAAUCUUGUCCUGGAUUAAUAACAGCUUUGUAUGAAUUAGCAAAGCUAAAAUUUCUAUUUGGUUACUCAACUGAAGCUCAGACUCUAGCUCAACAAAUAGGUGAUCUUGAUAAUACUCACGCUGGAAGUCAAGUAUUACUAGCCCAGAUAUUCAUUCAACAAGGUGCGUUUACAAAAGCAACUCAAACUCUAGAGAUGUGUUUGAGUUAUAAUUUUAAAAUACGAGACAGUGUAAUGUAUCAUUUUCUAAAUGGGAUUAUUUUGAAAAACAUGAACCAACUCCAGGAUGCUCUAUCAAGCUUUAUAACAAGUCUCCAAAUACUGACAAGCAAGAAUAACGUCGGUAGGCAACAAGAAGGUGAUCUGAAUAUAAUAGAUAAAUCUACGUUGUUUUUACAAAUAAUCGAACUACAAACUACAUUAGGACAAUUUGGUGAAGCUGGUAAAACUAUGCAAGAAGCGAUACAAGUAAUUUCAUACACAUCCGAAGAAAGUCGCUUACUUAUAGCACGUGCAGAUUUAGCAUUGAAUAAAGGUGAUAUUGAUAAUGCGAUUGAAAUUCUUAAUGAAGUGAAACCGGGACAGCCAUAUUAUUUUCAAGCUCACACUAAAAUGGCACAUAUUUAUCUAAAAGAGAAAAAUGAUCGAGCAAUGUUUACCUCAUGCUAUAAGGAUAUUGUUAACAACCAUCCAAUGGCAGAUGCGCAUACAAUGAUGGGCGACGCUUUUAUGUCAAUUCAUGAACCCAUACAGGCAGCUGAAUCUUACGAAACUGCACUGAAAGGAAAUCCAAAAGACAUUCAGUUAAUCAAAAAGUUGGGAUUAGCUUUAGUUAAAAUGCAUGAGUAUGAUAAAGCAAUGCAACAUUAUGAAAACACAAUCAGAUUGUUAAAUGACGAUGAACUAAAAUUUGAGUAUUUGGAACUACUCAUUAAGCUUAAACAUUAUGACAAAGUUGAUUCCAAUAUAUCUUCCGAAUUAAAUCAAAUGUACAAUAAAGAAAAGGAUAUCACAACUUUCAAAAGACGUAUACGGCUUCUACUAACACAAGCAAGUGCAAGAGAACUUAAAAAACCUGCUGCUGGAAACACGAAUCUACUUUUAACCGAAGCGAAAGAUUUACAAAUGGCAGUUUUAAAGAGAGUCGAAAUAGAUUCGAGGGGAGAUAUAGAAGAAGAGAAAAAGCAGUUGUCAUCUAUCCUUUGCUCUUUGGCUAAAGUUAAGUCUCUUAAGGAACCUGCGGUCGCUGCUCAUUUGUAUUCAGAGGCAUUAUUACACUGUCCAAGAGAUCCGUCCACAUUACUAGCGUUAGCCAAACUAUACGCUCAGAUGAACAAUCCAGAAAGAUGUGAAGAAACGUGCGCCGUUCUCUUAAACGCUGAUCCGAACAACGAAUCAGCAGCAGUUAUGAUGGCAGAUUUAGCUUUCCGGAAGGUGGAUUUUGAGACAGCCCAACGUCAUUUAGAACAGAUAUUGUCUGUGAAAGCAACUAGUUGGGAAGCUCUAGCGCAGCUCAUUGAAGUACAAUGGAGGCGCGGUAAGCUGAGUGAAGUGGAGCAAACUCUGGAAACUGCUAAGAAGCUUCUAGACAGUCAAGAUGAUCCUGGCUACUCUUACUGUUCGGGUAUAUAUUCCAUAUAUCAGGGUAAAGGGAACGCAGCACUCCGUCAACUGAACCAGGCGCGACGCUCACCCCGUUGGGGGCAAAACGCCGCGAAACGGAUGGUACUCCUGUGCCUUUCACAACACGCGCCUGACGCUUUACAAGACAACCUGAGUGCCAGCGAUGACUCCGACACGAGACUUCUAGCCCUAAGAACGGCGGAGAAGCUUCUAGCAGACGUAGAUCACACAGAUCGUAAUGCAUUAAAAGCACUUCUGCAACUUGCCACUAAGAACAAAUCCCAAGCAGAUAAAGUUUUACAAGACAUCUUGCCGUUGGCAACUGAAGACGGUUAUCAGGACGACCCGUAUCUUAUUCUUGCAAUCGCUAAUGCGUACAAUAUUAUGAAACAGCCAACUCGAGCUAAGAAUAUACUAAAAAGGGCCAUAUCAGCCAUCCCUUGGACCCCAGAAAAGGCUGACGGUUUAGAAAAGUGCUGGUUAGAAGUAGCGGAUAAUCAAAUAAGCUCAGGACGUACGGAAGCAGCGAAAGAAAUUCUUACUAAAAUCCUAAAUCAUAACAAUUCUUGUGCAGCAGCGUAUCAAUAUUUGGGUCUCCUAUCAGAAAAGGAUCAAAACUAUAAAAGUGCAGCACUCAAUUACGACAACGCUUGGGUGCACACUGGCAAAAACGAUCUGGCAAUUGGUUACAAACUAGCCUACGCAUAUUUGAAGCUGAAGAAAUACCCCGAAUGUAUAGUCGUCAGUAGACACAUACUGAAAAUUCGUCCGGAAUACCCGAAACUCAAAAAGGAAAUAAUGGAAAAGGCGAAAUCUAAUUUGCGGACAUAGAUUUAGCAAAAAACUAUGCUUGAUUUGGGACACGUAUUUAAAGGUGCACCGGUUGGAUAAAAAUUUAUCACAAGUUAAACGCAUUAUGAAUAUAGGUACACAGCGGUUUUUUAUCGUCGAAUAUGUACAACCGUCAUAAAAAAAUCACCCGUGUAUAUACUUUGAGUUUAGGCUAGCGAAAGGGAUGGCCUUAAUAAUAAUGCCGUCACGAAUAUUAUUUUUGGAACAUUCCGUUUAAAUAGAAUGUGUUAUCAAAACGCUAAAAAUUUGGCCUAAUUUGUAACCAUUUUUAUUGUUAGUUUGACUUUUCUUUGUUAAGAAAUCUGUGUACCCAAUAUUAUUUGACUGCACUUGAGAUUGGGGUUUACAGUAUAGUAGUAUUGGAGUUAAUAUUAGUACAAAAAUCUUUUAUAUUUGGUGUAUAUUUGUAAAAGAAACAAAACUCAUAAAUUAUUCGAAUGUGAAAGCAGAUGUUGUGAAUGUUUAUAUUUUUAUUAUACUGGCCGGAAUUAUUUUAAUUUUAUACAGAGUAGGAUAGAACAA